AUGCCGCACCUACCACUACAAGUAUGUAGCUCCGAAGGCGAAGUACUUCCCUUAUUCGAUAUCCGUACAGCCGUCUUAAACCCCGUCUCGGAAGCCAAAGUAAGGGUAGUCACUCUCUAUAUCGCAGGGGCAGGCUCUCCAAGGCCCUCCCGCCCCUGCUCCUUAAUAACAUGCUAUGGCCGUGUGUCUUCUAAUCUUAAACACAACAUUCCAGCUGACAAAGCAAGAAGAAACAAACUGUACGAUUCAUCGUCUUGGGUGAUCGCAGUUCAAUUUUUUCCUAUGUUGCCAACUGCGGAACAGCCCUUGCUACAUUCCCAGCCUACAGUGAACCUUGCCUUUUAG